GUGAAGGCAUCUGAGACGACGGUUUCGGCCAACAUGGAAACCCUCGAAACCAAGCUGAUGGAUGCUCUCCGAAAGUCGGAGGCGUCAGAGGACGCCAUCCGCGAGGUUCGCAGCAUGGUGGAGGAUGUUCUUCAGCGUGUGGAGGCCACAGAGGCUGCAUCAAAGGCUGUGCGCGAGGAGCUCAUGAGCGAGGAUGCUCACAGCGAAGCUUGGGCGCUUGCGAGGACCUGUCAGGAUGACCUUCGAGGAGUUCACUCGGAUGUUGCAGAUCUUCAGGCCUCUUUGCGCAGCGUGGUCCGGCGAGUGGAGGACGCCGCGCAAGAAGGGCCUGGCAACAACAAAAGACUGGUCUCUGACAGUGCUCGUCGCUUGGAGCUGCGAGUCGACGAGCUCCAAAAGCAGGUGGUAGAGGAGCUAGAGCAGCUGGCUGAGCAGCAGCAGCUCAUAGCCCGCGUGAAGCCAAGCUCCGGAGCCAAGCCAGACGUCCAGGACCUGGAGCACAGCGUUGAGCGUCUGGCGGCCCAGGUGGCCCAGGAGCUGCAAGAGCUGAAGACGCAUCAAGGAGAGCUCGGCAAGGUGCGCGUGCGCCUUCAAAGUGCUGAUGCUAGCAAGGGCGGCGCUCCAGAGGUUGAGUCAAAGGUCUUAGAGCUCCAGCAGAAGGUGCUGGAAGAGUUGCAUGCCUUGGGAAAGCAGCAAGAAGAGCUGGGCAGGGCAAAGGUUACUAUGGCUGACCUCUCCGAUCGUGUACAGCAAGUGGCCUCAACGGUCACGCAAUGCAAAGAGGUUACAGUCGGAUUGGAAGAGCGGCUAAAGAAGCUGUCUUCCAUGGAGGAGACAACGUGUCCAGAGUGUGGUAAUAUCUACCUGGCGGACGCGAAGUUCUGCCGCGGGUGUGGGCACAGAAGGGGCAAUGUAGCUGGGGAGGCCGCAAAGACACACGGCACUGACGGCACUGUGCAAAAAGCGCCAGCCGAGAGUGGACAGAGUGAUGUGGAGGACAGCUACGGGGCCGAUGACUUCGAGGAGUCAGUUGAUGAAGCCAGCAUGUCUGAAGAUAAAGCUGGUGGGGACAAAUAG